AUGAAAUGCCCCCCAUUCCCAUGCAACAGCAACUAUUACUAUGAGGCCCUUUGCAAUGCAGCCCCAUCUGAUGAUGAACAAUUUGAAGAGCUAAUCAGCAAAAGAAGCAGGAAAAAAAAUUUACACUACAAAUUAGAGAAAACGAUCAACCAAAUAAUACACGACGCGAAAAAAAACUGCCAUGUUAACUCCGAUUUUGAACAAGUUGAGAAACUUCCAAACCAAAAUGGCGAAUUCGUUUAUUCGGAUGACUCUCUAGAUGACAUAGACAUCAUUUUGAAAAAAAAAAAAACUAAAAAUAUGUUUUCAAAGUUAAAUAAAAAGGAACCCCCUGGGCACAUCUCACUGCCCCCUAAAAGCACCAAACAGAGAAUUUAUUCAUUACGCGAAUGCAACCAAGAGGUAAAAAACCUAAGCGGCACAAUUAGCGGCGAAAAUGACAGCCCAAAAGUUGACCUCCCAAAUGAGGAAAUAAUUGAAAACUUUAAAAAUGUUCUUUGCAACGGUUUAAAUAAAUACAUUAAGGAUAUGCUGGAAGAGGCAAAAGAAGGUACCCCUACUCAAGAGACGUACGAAGCUAGCGACUGUGCAGAUCUGAACAGCUCCUAUUACAAAACGUCUGAUAAUAAGCGUGACGUCUUUAAUGAGGAAAGAGCCAACCGGUGUGAAGCUCCCCCUGAGUAUAAUCCCAACAUCGAGGGGGAAUAUUCACAAAAAUGUUCCAGCUUCGAUCUGCUGAAUUGGAAAAAUGAAAAUACACGUGAAAGCAAAACACACGACGAUGAACAACCAUUUGAGGUUAACACACACGGGAAUGAUAAACCGCCGAGGAACCCCACUCCUGGGACGCGCAACAAAAAUGAAUAUACUACCCCAACUGCAGAUGCCAAGAAAAAACCAAAGCUGUGGAAAAAAAACUACAGACAUAAAAGGACCAAUUUUAACAGAUCCAAAUAUAUGAGAAAUGUUUACCCUUCGAAAAGAAAAAAAUGGACAAAUGAAAAUGCCCUCUCCUUAGAUGAAAAGAAAACGGCUCGUUGGAAAGAUACCACCGAAAUGUACGACAAGCGAAGCAAUGUUCCCAGGGGGUACCUAGAACGACACUCCAUCAAGUCCGCAGGAGGGAUUAGCAACACGAAUGCCAAACUGCCCGCACCGAAGCAGCACCAAAGAUACAACCCAUCGAGAAUGAACUGCACGUCCGGCUCAAGUGAAGAUUUCGCCUUCAGCCAUUUUCAGAAAAACGCCAACAACGACAAUUUAGUGGGAAAGUUCCGUUUUUAAGUGGGUCCCAAGUUAAGGUACAUUUUUUUUUUUGCACCUCCUAAACUGCUCAAGAGGAUUAAGCGCAAUUUUCACCGCAACACAUAGGCCUACCUAUAACGUGUCUUUCCUUCAGUGCACGUUCCAGAAGGAGAGUCCCCACCUUAAUUCGCAAAUGAUCAAGAUUGAAAAAUGACUCGUGUUAUACGUCUGCAUAUGCCCCCUACCCCUAUCGAAAUGUUAACUGAAACAGUUCGGCUAUGCGACAAGAAAGGAAAAACUUGCGUGAACGGUAGCCGAGCUACCGACGUAAUGAUGGAAUGGCGAAUGGCGAAGCAGAACGACCGCCACAAAAACGUUCCAAUUUCCAGCUAUAAAAAAGGUAACAAAAAAAGGGAAGUUUUAUUGCGAUUUAAAACCACGCAGAAUCGGCACAAAUUGACAUAUGAAACAAAUUCAAACGCAAAAAUGGGGGAAUUAUUCUCUUUCGUAAAAAAGGGAAACAUUGCGAGGGGUUAAUUAUAUGAUCAAGGUGGACCCCUAAAUGCACACGCCUCAGAAAAACAAAAAAAAGUCGAGCAGGAAUUCAUCACCCAGAUGGGAGGCACUUCUCAAUCGAAUCGCAAUCGAAAUCGCUAAAGUUUCGCUGUUGCUAUGCUUCCAAUUUCGCUAUCGCUACAUUUCCACUUCCGCUUCUCCACCGCGUUAGCGUUCCCCCCCUCGGCCCAUCACUGCGACGGGUGCACGUAAAUAUGCUUCGUCCUGGCCAGGGGGAAAGAACAAAACGCGCCGUCCUCCAAGGGGCAAUAGCAAAAGUGUACCUUGCACUUAACGGGCAAAGUGGAAGAGCAAUCAAAAUUAAUUUUAACAGCUUUUCUAAAUUCAACAGUUAUGGUACUUCUAAACGGUGUUGCGUAACCGCGCGGGCUGUCACCUGCACAUCGCAAACUUUUUACAUUCCAUUCGCUAACGUCUAUUUUGUGAUAAUUCAAUUUGUUUAUUUUUUUUAAUGGACCCCUUCUCCUGUUUACCUUUUCCUUUUUUUCUUUCCCUACACUCGCAUCGUCC